AGCCGUGGUGCCACGGCCACUGCCAACCUUUUCCGCCCUGACCCCACGUCCCGGUGCUCCGCGGGCCCUCGAGUUUUGGGGAGCCCGGGCCCGGGCGUCCAGACGGCGCUCUCUGUGAGCUCCGGGAAGCGGGAAGACAGCCCCAGGCAUCCCACCUUUCUUUCCCAGAGAACACACGCCCUGCAUCGCGCUCCCCCGUUCCUCCUGCUCUGGCGUCCUCUGGUCCUUCUUUCUGUCUGUGCCUCUGUCUUUGUCUCAGCCUUUCGGGCUUGCUUGCUCCCUGCCCAGAUUUUGUGGCCCAGGCCCCUGGCUGCCCUACUCUUGGGUUCUGUCCCCUUCCCUGCCUCUGAGCUUCUGUUCAGCCUCCCCUGUGGGAGGCUUGUGGUCUUGACUAGUUUUGGCCUGUGCCCUCCUCUGGGCCCCUGUCCCCAUUUGUGUUGGUCUUUAACCCUGUUUCUCUCCUGUUUGCCUGGUCGAGCUGCUGCUUUUUUGGGUCCCCACAGUAUCUUAGUCCCCCUGCCAUGGCACCAGUGGGGGACAAGCUCUGAGGAGCCGAGGAGGCAAAGUGAGGAGCCCCAGCCUUACUGGCCAGGACAUGGGGUCCUUGAACUAGUUGCUGCCCUUCUUCAGCCUCAGUUUCCUUUCCUGUUCUGAGGAGCGAUGUGUAUUCCUCUCUCGGCCUUUCCAAGCCUGCGUGAUUGUAAGAGCCUGUGUGUGGGGUGUUUGAGAAGGUAACUGGGGCACGGAUGACAGGAUGCAGAGUAGAAAAGGGAGGGAGGGGUCUCUGAGUGUCAGGGCCAGGGUGGACAGGGCCCCAAAGCUGAUGAUGGAGAGACUGGAAAUGGUGAUUUUCUCUGCUGGGGUUGGAGUGAAGAGAAAACGGAGGCACAAAGUCUCCAACAGCAUUCUACGUAGAGCUAGGGAGUCCAAAACUCUCACUAGCAGCACUGUUUGGAGACUGUCCCCAUCCCUGACACACACAUAUGCUCACAUCUACUUGCCUGGUUGACUUAGGACCUAGGGCCACUUGGGUACCCUCCCUGGGGCCAGCCAUUUCACCUUGCUGUCACUCCCAGGGCUUAGGGUCUGUAUUCCUUCCUCAGUCAGGACACUGGGAAAGGCUAGGACCAGAGGCUAGGACCCUUGGGUGUUCACCUGGGCUUCAGUCUCCCCAGGGGUUGGAGGCUGUUCUUAGAGACUCUUCCCUGUCUCUUCCCUGGUGGGUCCUCAGACAGCAGCGCCCCCUCUCGGGAAAUCCAAGGCUCAGGAUGGGAACUGGGCCUCUGUGUUUGUGAUUCUGAUAUGGCCUCUGUUGCAAAGGUAUUGACCUCAGGGUCCCGUGAGGUUUGUGCAAGUCUUGGACACCUUUUGUUUACUAGAUGUUGAAGGCUAGAUGUUGGUUGUGGUCUCCUGUCUUCUGCCUGUGCCCUCACUCCUUGCCUCCCUCCCCCACUGCUGAGUUUGGUAGGGGUACAGGGCCCAUCUCCAGCCCAGAUCAGGGAAGGGCUGAGAGAUAGGCCCAGGGGUGUCCCAGGAGCUUCUCAGCCUUGUUAGUGACACCACCCCCUCCCUGGUUCCUGAGUACCUGGGAAACAGGUGUGGGAGAAGGAGGAGGCAAAGUCAAAAGGGGAAGCUGCUCCCAGGUUCCACUUCUCCCCGUCUGUUUGUCCGUCUCUCUAUCUCUCUGCAGGAGCUGGGUCCUUUCUCAUCUCUCUUCUUGUCUGUCCUUUCCUGGUCCCUGUUUCCUCCUCUCUUUGCCUUUGCUGCUUCUACCCUCAUCCCCUGGAGACCCAGGUCUGCUGGACCCAUCCAUCCCCUUUGGGGCCAUGGGAUCGCUGCUUGGGCUCCUGUCUCUGCUGCUGCUGUGGGGUGCUGUGGCUGACGGCCCAGCCAAGAAGGUGCUGACCGUGGAGGGGGACCUGGUGCUGGGUGGGCUGUUCCCAGUGCACCAGAAGGGUGGCCCAGCAGAGGAUUGCGGUCCUGUCAAUGAGCACCGUGGCAUCCAGCGCCUGGAGGCCAUGCUUUUUGCACUGGACCGCAUCAACCGCGACCCGCACCUGCUGCCUGGUGUGCGCUUGGGUGCUCACAUCCUCGACAGCUGCUCCAAGGACACACACGCCCUGGAGCAGGCGCUGGACUUUGUGCGUGCCUCACUCAGCCGUGGUGCCGAUGGCUCACGCCACAUCUGCCCUGACGGUUCUUAUGCCACCCACGGUGAUGCUCCCACUGCUAUCACUGGUGUCAUUGGUGGCUCCUACAGUGACGUCUCCAUCCAGGUGGCCAACCUCCUGCGACUAUUUCAGAUCCCACAGAUCAGCUACGCCUCCACCAGUGCCAAGCUGAGUGACAAGUCCCGCUAUGACUACUUUGCCCGCACAGUGCCCCCUGACUUCUUCCAAGCCAAGGCCAUGGCUGAGAUUCUCCGCUUCUUCAACUGGACCUACGUGUCCACGGUGGCAUCUGAGGGUGACUAUGGUGAGACAGGCAUCGAGGCCUUUGAGCUGGAGGCCCGUGCCCGCAACAUCUGCGUUGCCACCUCGGAAAAAGUGGGCCGCGCCAUGAGCCGUGUGGCCUUUGAGGGAGUCGUGCGAGCCUUGCUGCAGAAGCCCAGUGCCCGCGUGGCUGUCCUGUUCACCCGUUCUGAGGAUGCCCGUGAGCUGCUUGCUGCCUCCCAGCGCCUCAACGCCAGCUUCACCUGGGUGGCCAGUGACGGCUGGGGGGCCCUGGAGAGCGUGGUGGCAGGCAGCGAGGGGGCCGCUGAGGGCGCCAUCACCAUCGAGCUGGCCUCCUACCCCAUUGGAGACUUUGCCUCCUAUUUCCAGAGCCUAGACCCCUGGAACAACACCCGGAACCCCUGGUUCCGCGAGUUCUGGGAGCAGAGGUUCCGCUGCAGCUUCCGGCAGCGAGACUGCGCGGCCCACUCUCUGCGGUCUGUGCCCUUUGAGCAGGAGUCCAAGAUCAUGUUUGUGGUCAACGCGGUGUAUGCCAUGGCCCACGCGCUGCACAACAUGCACCGUGCUCUCUGCCCCAACGCCACUCGCCUCUGUGACGCAAUGCGGCCAGUCAACGGGCGCCGCCUCUACAAGGACUUUGUGCUCAAUGUCAAGUUUGAUGCCCCCUUCCGACCAGCAGACACUCACAGUGAGGUCCGCUUUGACCGCUUUGGUGACGGUAUUGGGCGCUACAACAUCUUCACCUAUCUGCGGGCAGGCAGUGGGCGCUAUCGCUACCAGAAGGUGGGAUACUGGGCUGAAGGCCUGACCUUGGACACCAGCCUCAUCCCAUGGGCCUCACCCUCGGCCGGUCCCCUGCCCGCCUCUCGCUGCAGUGAGCCCUGCCUCCAGCACGAGGUGAAGAGUGUGCAGCCAGGCGAGGUCUGCUGCUGGCUCUGCAUUCCGUGCCAGCCCUAUGAGUACCGGCUGGACGAGUUCACCUGCGCCGACUGCGGCCUGGGCUACUGGCCCAAUGCCAGCCUGACUGGCUGCUAUGAGCUGCCCCAGGAGUACAUUCGCUGGGGCGAUGCUUGGGCCAUAGGACCUGUCACCAUCGCCUGCCUGGGUGCCCUGGCCACCCUCUUUGUGCUGGGUGUCUUUGUGCGGCAUAAUGCCACGCCAGUGGUUAAGGCCUCGGGUCGGGAGCUCUGCUACAUCCUGCUGGGUGGUGUCUUCCUCUGCUACUGCAUGACCUUCAUCUUCAUUGCCAAGCCAUCCACAGCAGUGUGCACCUUGCGGCGCCUCGGUUUGGGCACUGCCUUCUCUGUCUGCUACUCAGCCCUGCUCACCAAGACCAACCGCAUUGCGCGCAUCUUCGGCGGGGCCCGGGAGGGUGCCCAGCGGCCACGCUUCAUCAGCCCCGCCUCACAGGUGGCCAUCUGCCUGGCACUUAUCUCAGGCCAGCUGCUCAUCGUGGCUGCCUGGCUGGUGGUGGAGGCACCGGGCACAGGCAAGGAGACAGCCCCUGAGCGGCGGGAGGUGGUGACAUUGCGCUGCAACCACCGUGAUGCAAGCAUGCUGGGCUCACUGGCCUACAACGUGCUCCUCAUUGCGCUCUGCACGCUCUAUGCCUUCAAGACCCGCAAGUGCCCCGAGAACUUCAAUGAGGCUAAGUUCAUUGGCUUCACCAUGUACACCACCUGCAUCAUCUGGCUGGCAUUCCUGCCCAUCUUCUACGUCACCUCCAGCGACUACCGGAUGAAGAAACAGACUCAGGGAGGUUCAAUCUCUUGCCCAAGGUCCCAGCCUAAGAGCACAGAGCAGGGUCUGAACUGCAGGAAAAUUGAGUGAAAGCCCUGGAAAAGGCCCUUUCCCAAGGACAGAGGUGCAGACCACUACCAUGUGCGUGUCGGUCAGCCUCAGCGGUUCUGUGGUGCUUGGCUGCCUCUUCGCGCCCAAGCUGCACAUCAUCC